AGAGAAGCGCAUGUCUGAGAGCUCACACAUUGACGAUUAUCAGAGAGAGGAGAGAAAGGAUUUAGAACAAAAAUAAUGCGCCGGAGCUUUUGGAGUAUGAACAGACUCACAUUUGCGUUGUCCCUGUUGGCUCUGUGCUUUGUCUGCGAAGGAGGUAACCCCUGCUGCUCAGAGCCAUGCCAGAACAGAGGUGUGUGCACAGCAAUGGGAGCAGACAGAUAUGAAUGUGACUGCACACGUACUGGAUAUUAUGGCCAAAACUGCACAACGCCUGAAUUCCUCACCAGGAUAAAAGUCUCCCUGAAGCCAUCGCCUAACACCGUUCACCACAUUCUCACCCACUUCAAGGCUUUCUGGAACAUCAUCAACAGCAUUUCCUUUCUCAGAGAUGCCAUCAUGAGAUAUGUGCUGACGUCUCGAUCCCACAUGAUUGACAGCCCUCCCACUUACAAUGCUCAUUAUGGUUAUAAAAGUUGGGAAGCCUACUCCAACCUGUCCUACUACACACGUGCCCUCCCACCUGUGCCGCAGGAUUGCCCAACCCCUAUGGGAGUCGUAGGUAAAAAAGAGCUGCCGGAUGUGAAGGUUUUAGCUGAGAAGCUCCUGGUGAGGAGAAAGUUCAUUCCAGACCCACAGGGUACCAGCUUGAUGUUUGCCUUCUUUGCACAACACUUCACGCACCAGUUCUUUAAAUCUGAUAUGAAGAACGGACCGGCUUUCACCGUGUCUAAAGGUCACGGGGUGGACCUGAGUCACGUCUACGGUGUUGACCUGGAGAAGCAGCACAAGCUCAGGCUCUUCAAGGACGGCAAGCUUAAAUAUCAGGUAAUAAACGGAGAGGUGUACCCUCCAACAGUCAAGGAUGUGGGUGUUGAAAUGCACUACCCCCCUCAUGUCCCAGACUCUCAGCGCCUGGCCGUCGGCCAUGAGGCCUUCGGUCUGGUCCCUGGACUCAUGAUGUACGCCACCAUCUGGCUCCGUGAACACAACCGGGUUUGUGACGUCCUGAAGGAAGUCCACCCAGACUGGGAUGACGAAAGACUCUUCCAGACCUCCCGACUCAUCCUUAUUGGUGAGACCAUUAAGAUUGUGAUUGAGGACUACGUGCAGCACCUGAGUGGGUACCACUUCAAACUCAAGUUUGACCCAGAGCUGCUCUUUAACCAGCGCUUCCAGUACCAAAACCGCAUCGCAUCUGAAUUCAACAUGCUAUACCACUGGCACCCACUGAUGCCGGACAGCUUCCAGGUGGAGAAGAGAGAUUACAGCUACAAAGAGUUUAUCUUUAACACCUCUGUGAUGACUGAGCACGGCAUCAGCAGCCUGGUGGAGUCAUUCACCAAUCAGAUUGCAGGACGGGUUGCUGGUGGCCGUAAUGUGCCGGGACCCAUCCUGUAUGUGGCCAUGAAGUCCAUUGAGCAAAGCAGGCAGAUGCGUUACCAGUCCCUCAACGCCUACAGGAAGCGAUUCUCCAUGAAGCCUUACAGCUCCUUUGAAGACCUGACAGGCGAAAAAGAAAUGGCUGCCUUGCUGGAGGAGAUGUACGGUGAUGUAGAUGCCGUGGAGCUCUACCCUGGUCUGCUGGUGGAGAAACCCCGACCCAACGCCAUCUUCGGGGAGACGAUGGUGGAGAUGGGCGCUCCUUUCUCACUCAAAGGCCUGAUGGGGAAUCCCAUCUGCUCCCCGGAGUACUGGAAGCCCAGCACCUUUGGAGGCAGCGUGGGCUUCGACAUCGUCAACAGCGCCUCCCUGCAGAAGCUCGUCUGCAACAACGUGCAGGGCCCCUGUCCCGUGGCGUCCUUCCAUGUGCCCGACAUUAAAGAAACCGGGCCCACGGUCAUCAACUCAAGCACAUCCCACGCCCAAGCCAGUGACAUCAACCCCACCAUCAUCCUGAAAGAGAGGACAUCCGAGCUCUAACGAUUGGGUUAAAUAGGUUUUAGAAUUUAGUUAAUAUUUACUUAUUUAUUUAUUUAUUUUUCUAUUUAUACUUUUUUAUUUAUGUAAAAAAAUUCAUUUGAAGCAGAUUUAUUUUUACUAUGUAUAUUUUGUCAUUAAGAACUUAAACAUUUGUUGUUUAUUUAUGGGAAAAAAAUCAUUUUUAUUCUUACAACAAUUAGCAUUUAUGGCUGCAAUGUGGAGCAGUGGUUAGCACUAUCGCCUCAGUCUGAAAACCACAAGCUACUUGUGCUGGGAUUUUUUCUCCGGGCGCUCCGGUUUCCUCCCACAGUAAAAAAACAUAAAACUUACAAAAUAAAAAAGAAAAAUUUAACAUGUCUGUUAGGUCAAUAGGAGAUUUUAAAUUGUGUGCGUACAUUUUUACAUGGUGUCUGACCUGCAACUUUAAAUGAGAUCAGACAAGUGAAUAAGUGAAAUUAUGAGAAAUUGUGUCUUAACCUUUAUAGUUUACUUGAAACUGUUGGCUGCAUGCUAGCAAAUGUUUUUUCUUGAAAUUCAUUAUUUUAUUUCUUUUUUAUGUGUUCGGAGAGCUGAACAACUGGACAUUUUGCAGAGUAAUAAGUACAGUAUACUAAAGACGCUGACAAUGACUUUUGAUCUGAUGUAGCGUACAGUGUCAUUCAUCCCCAUUCUGUUUAGUUUUUCUCUAUUUUUAGUCACUGAAUUCUGGCAAAGGAAAAUAGGAAUGUCUGCUCUUGUCUAAGCAGCAGAACUCUUCUGUGUGACUUCUUGUCCUGGAGAAACUGUGUUCUGUCAUUGGACGAUGGUGAAAUGGCAGCUUGUUGCUACUGAUUUGCACUGAAGGCCUACGUCUCUGAAAUAAAAUUUCAUUUUCU